AUGUCAUCGAUAACAGACAACGAACAAAUAGGAAGAGAAAUAAUGAAUGGCGACUUUGACCGAUAUCUAAAUGAAAUGACUGGAUUUCUCAUUCAACAAUCACAAACAUCAAUAAGUACAAAAUCACGAUCAAAUACUUUCACAGAUAUGUCUGAGUUACCUGUCAAUAACGAACAAUCAAUAACCUAUCAGAUACCAAUAGCAAGAGAUUUGGACGACAUUUUGCGGGAUACAGAUUUAGCUUUGACAAUGACACAGCCAAAUGCACUGAGAAGGAAAAGCUUCAUUGACCCAGGGAUAUUUAGUUGUCAACAUACAUUUCAAAGUGGUCUUGCUGGUGCUGGUUUUUUUGAUCAGCCAAAAUUCUGUGAUAAAUUGAAAGCUGAAAUAAAAGAAACUUAUUCAGUUGAAAUGAUCAUAACUAAGACGAGAGAUAAAUUGAAUCUGGACAACAGCAUGUAUAUUAUUGACUUUAAAAGUAAUGAUCAAGACAAAAAUCAUCAGGCACUAGAAUCAUUUCAAGAUUUUCUUAAAACAAUAGAGACAAAAGUUAUCGAUGAUAAAUCAGACAAAUCAACCGUAUUUCAUGAUUUAUGUACUACUAAUGAUAUACUUGACAAAUUUAUCAAAAAUUUUAUAUUACUUGAUAUUUCUUUACCGUUUAGUUCUGAUUUAACAAUAGCUAAUAAAAGUUAUUUAGCACAAGAUAUUCUAAAACUAGUAGAUCAAAUACAAUCGCAGAAUAUUUUAAUAAUACUUGAACAACGAUGUAUUCAUUUGUUUGGUUUAAAUGAUAUAGUCAAGGAAGUAGAAAAACAAAUAGAAGAAAUUAAGACAAAAUAUGAAUCAAGUAUGGUUAAACUUAGUUUAGAACCAAAACAGAUAAAAUUUUUAUUGGAUAUCUAUUAUAAUGAACUGAAAGCACUUGAAACUAAUUAUAAUGAUACAACAAUUAUUGAAAAUUUAAAAAAUGGAGAAUUUAUAGCUUCAACUUAUGUUCAUGAUAGAAUAGAAUCCGAAAUAAUAACAUUAGCUGCAUUAUGUACACCAAUUGAUUUUGAAAUUCAAGAAGAAGCUUUUGGUUUAAUAGCACAUAACGAAUGUAUUAAUCUAAAAAAUAUCGGUCGUCAAUACAAAUGUCAAAUUGAUAUACAAAUGAAAACUACAAAUAAGAUUUGUGAAAUACCCAAAGCUCUACCACAAGAUCAUAUUUCAAAUAAAUUAACAGCAGCUGCCAUCAAAAUAUAUAAGAAUGAUCUAGUUAAACAAAAAGUUGAUCUUAUUGUUAUUUAUUCGACAUCAAUGUAUCUAUGUGAUAGUAUUCUUAAACAAGCUGGACAAUCAGUUAAAAAUGAAUAUGAAAAAAUUGCAAAGAUAUCAUCAUUAGAACCAUUUGAAAUUAAUUCAGGAAAUUUAUCCUGUCGAAAACUUUUAUUUUUACCAUGGGAAAUAAAUCAAACAAGUCAAGAAGCAUUUUAUCAAUCAAUUCGAAAUUUUAUUAGUAAAGCUAUUCAACAUGCUGUUAAAACUCAUCAUACAUCAAUUGCAUUUCCAUCAAUUAAUUGUGAAAAAUUAAAUAUUGAUAAAAAUAUUAUUGCCAAUGAAAUGUUAGUUGAAGCUCAAACACAAUUAUUAUCAGCUAAUAUUUUAUUACAAAUAAAUUUUGUUAUUUUACCUGAACAUAUUGAUAUUUUUGAAAUAUUUCAAGCAAAACUCGAAAGUCUUCAAAGAGGCAAUCUAGAAACAAAAGAUAUUCAAAUACAAUAUAGUUUUACAAAACUUAAAAUUACUAUUCUAUCUAAUAAUAUAGAAAAGCAAGAGGAAUGUAAGAAAGCUUUAAAUUAUUAUGUACAACAAUCAAUUUCAGUUCGUGAACAUUUUAAACAAGAUUUACUUAAAAAAUGGACACAACUUGCUAUUAAUACAUUUUAUAGAUAUUGUUUUGAUCGACAUGUUAUACCUAAUAUGGAUAUUCUUACUGGUUAUCUUAAAUUAUUUGGUUCAAAAGAAUCAGUUACUGAAGCAGAAAAUGAAUAUUAUCGAGAACAAGUUAAACAAAGUGAACAAGCUCGUUUAAUUACCAUUGCUCAAGAUAUAAUUUGGGCAUUUAAAAUAGAUGAUAAAAAUUGGGAAAAAUAUCCACCUGAAUUAAAUGCUCAUAUUGAAGAUGCAUAUUUAACUAAAUUACCGACAUAUCAGUACACCGAUGAUCAAUUCGUAGAAUAUAUUAUUGAUUUUGAACAUAACAUUGAAACAUGUGUAAAUAGUCAAUUACAACGUCCAAUUAUUCGACAUGAUGGUUUUGAUUUACCAGAAUAUUGGCAGGUACAAAAAGAGAGUAUUGCACAAUUUUCAGUACAAGAAAAUUCAAUUGAAUAUAAAGAAAUUCGUGCUUUAUUUGAUAAAACAAUGAUUAAUAAAUAUACCACAUUACUUCGUAUAGAUCGUAUACAAAAUAAACAAUGGUAUAUGCAAUACAAUUCAUAUAAAAGUUUUUCACCAAAGAAAAAUACAGAAAAAAAAUUAUUUCAUGGUUGUCCAAAAGAUUCAGCUGAACUCAUUAUUAAUUCAUUUUUUAAUCGAUCAUUCACUGGAAUUAAUGGUACUGCGUAUGGACAAGGAGCUUAUUUUUCAACAAACGCUUCCUACAGUCAUAAACAUGCUCAGACUAAUACGCUGAAUGAUGAACGAUAUAUGUUUGUAGCAAAUGUAUUAGUCGGUGAUAGCAUUCGAGGAAAUAUUAACAUGAAAACACCACCUUCAGGUUUUGAUUCAACGACUGAUGGAGAUCAUAUCUUUGUUACAUAUCGUGAUGAUCAAGCUUAUGCAGCAUAUCUUAUUGUUUAUCAAUGA